AGCUUCAGGCAGAGCUCCCACCUCCGCACCCACCUCCGUACCCACCAGCACAUCCACACUGAGGAACGGCCCUACACGUGUGGGGAAUGUGGGAUGAGCUUCAGGGAGAGCUCCACCCUCCUCACCCAUCAGCGCAUCCACACCGGGGAGCUGCCCUACACGUGUAGGGAAUGUGGGAAGAGGUUCAGGAACAACUCCAACCUGAUCCAACACCAGCGCAUCCACACUGGGGCACGGCCCUACUCGUGUGGGGAAUGUGGGAAGAGCUUCAGGCAGAUCUCCCACCUUCUCAAGCACCAGCACAUCCACACUGGGGAACGGCCCUACAAGUGCUUGGAGUGUGGGAAGAUGUUUCAGACCAGCUCAGAUCUCCUCCUGCACCACCGGACGCACACGGAUGAGAGGCCCUUCCGCUGCACCGAUUGUGGGAAGGGCUUUAGCCAGAACUCCCACCUCGUCAGGCACCGGCGCAUUCACACCGGGGAGAGGCCCUACAAGUGUGGGGAGUGUGGGAAGAGUUUCACCCAGAGCGGUAACUUGACCACACACCAACGGACCCACCGGCAACUGCUGCCGUGGAUAACAUGGAUUGCAGGAAGGCAGAAGAGAAGGACAUGAAAGGGCCACCUGUGAGCAAAAGGGAGAGAGAAAUAUUUGAUGAAGAAAUCCAGCAAAGGCAAAAGUGCAAGGCCAAGCCUCAGCCUGCUGAGAGCUGAGGAGUGGCACCGGCUGCCCCAGAAUUACAUAGGGAAAAUAAGAAACACAGAGGUUUUGGAAUGGGAUCGAGCCAUUUUCAAUGGGAUUGAUUCACUUUGAGGUGACAGACUGAUCCCUCUCGACUUUUGGGAUGCAGAGCUGGGAGAGACUGGAAUGUUAAUGGUCCACGGCUCCAACACUCUCCAGUUGCAGAAGCAGUGGGGGCUUUGCUGCCCAUGGGCAAA